AUGCUGAUCAAAGGUGUUGCCCACCAUUCGCAGGAAGUGAGUGUGUCGAUCCUCAAUCGAGCUCAAGCCAUGCUGAUCCAAGUCGUCGCCCGCCAUCCACAGCAUGCUGUGAGUGUGUCGAUCCUGUUCCUUGAGGACUUGAAGAAGGUUGCACCUAAGAAGUUUCACUCCAUGAUGGCAGACAUCUAUGAAUCUGUAGAGGCCUUGAAACAAAAGGGUGGCGAUAAUCAGGCUGAUGAGCAUCGAAAGGUGUUGGUGCUACUGGACCUUGAUGGCAUGGGUGAGGAUUAA